CAGGGGGCUCACAGGCGGAGCCUGAGGAAGGGUGCUGGCUGCAAGGGGUCCUUUGGGGGUUCUCAGAGGGACAUACCCUCUUCCCAGGCCCAGGUCAUCGCUGCCUGGGGCACAAGGCUCAGGUCUGGGUUUUCCCCGCCUUCGCAGACAGGCUGGCUCCUCCUCGUGCGGAAGGAGGGAGGCGGCUCUCCUCCUGAUCCCAGCCUCCGACCCACCGAGUGAGCGGGCGGGAGCCAGGCCUGCGGAGUGCCGCGCGCUGGCCCCAUGGCCCUGGACGUGGAGCAGCGGCUGGGCAGCCUCACCGUCUUCACCCGCGACGACUUCGAGGGCGACUGGCGCCGGGUGGCAGGAGGGGCUUUCGGCCAGGUGUUCCAGGCGCAGCACAGGCGCUGGCGGACCCAGUUCGCCAUCAAGUGCUCUCCCUGCCUCCUGCCAGAUGCCACCAGCUCUGAUGUGAAUUGCCUCAUUGAAGAAGCAACCAAAAUGGAGAAGGUCAAGUUUCAGCACAUUGUGUCCAUCUACGGGGUGUGCAAGCAGCCCCUGGGCAUUGUGAUGGAGUUCAUGGCCAACGGCUCCCUGGAGAAGAUGCUGUGCACCCACAGCCUCUCCUGGCAGCUCAAAUUCCGCAUCAUCCAUGAGACCAGCCUGGCCAUGAACUUCCUCCAUAGCAUUAAGCCACCUCUGCUCCACCUGGACCUGAAGCCAGGCAAUAUCCUCCUGGACAGUAGCAUGCACGUCAAGAUUUCAGACUUUGGCUUGUCUAAAUGGAUGGAACAGUCAACCCGGAUGCAGUACAUCGAGAGGUCGGCUCUGCGGGGCACCCUCAGCUACAUGCCCCCUGAGAUGUUCCUGCAGAGGAACAUGGCCCCAGGACCCAAAUACGAUGUGUACAGCUUCGGGAUUGUCAUCUGGGACGUCCUCACUCAACAGAAACCAUACUCAGGCCUCAAUAUGAUGAACAUCAUCAUCGGAGUGGCUACGGGCAUGAGGCCCUCCCUGCAGUCUGUCUCUGAUGAGUGGCCAGGGGAGGCCCAGCAGAUGGUGGACCUGAUGAAGCGCUGUUGGGACCAGGACCCCAAGAAGAGACCCUGCUUUUCAGACAUCACCGUCGAGACGGACCUGCUGCUGUCGCUGCUCCAGAGCCCUGUGACAGACCCCGAGAGCGAGGCCCUGGCCAGGAAGGUGUCCUGCAAGCCGUCUCUCCGCUGGCCCCGGGAGGUCAGUGAGGAGGUCAGCCAGGAGCUCACAGACAGCGACUUAGGAAGCAACUUGAAGCGGGUCCUGCAGCUCUCGGACAGUGAGAGCCUGGUCCCCAGUGAUGAGGAGCUGCGCAUCUACGAGAACAAGGUCACCCCCCUCCACUUCCUGGUGGCGCAGGGCAGCGUGGAGCAGGUGAGGCUGCUGCUGGCCCAUGAGGUCGACGUGGACUGCCAGACGGCUUGCGGCUACACACCCCUGCUCAUUGCCGCCCAGGACCAGCAGCCUGAGCUGUGCGCCCUGCUCCUGGACCACGGGGCCGACGCCAACCUGGCCGAUGAGGACGGCUGGACUCCGCUGCACUUCACAGCCCAGAAUGGGGACGACCGCACCGCCCGCCUGCUCCUGGACCACGGGGCCCGCGUGGAUGCCCAGGAGCAUGAGGGGUGGACCCCAUUCCACCUGGCUGCACAGAACAACUUUGAAAAUGUGGCACGACUUCUGGUCUCCCGUCAAGCUGAUCCCAACCUGCGGGAGGCCGAGGGCAAGACCCCUCUCCACGUGGCCGCCUACUUUGGCCAUGUCACCCUGGUCAAGCUGCUGACAGGCCAGGGGGCUGAGUUAGAUGCUCAGCAGAGAAACCUGCGGACACCACUGCACCUGGCAGUGGAGCGAGGCAAAGUGAGGGCCAUCCAACACCUGCUGAAGAGUGGGGCGGCCCCUGAUGCCCUUGACCGGGAUGGCUACAGCCCACUGCACACGGCAGCCGCCAGGGGCAGGUACCUUAUCUGCAAGAUGCUGCUCAGACAUGGGGCCAGCCUCGAGCUGCCGACCCAGCAGGGCUGGACACCCCUGCAUCUAGCAGCCUACAAGGGUCACCUGGAGAUCAUCCAUCUGCUGGCUGAGAGCCAUGCAGACUUAGGGGCUCCCGGCAGCAUGAACUGGACCCCCCUGCACCUGGCUGCCCGCCACGGGGAGGAGGAGGUAGUGGCAGCGCUGCUGCAAUGCGGGGCUGACCCCAAUGCUGCCGAGCAGUCAGGCUGGACACCCCUCCACCUGGCGGUGCAGAGGGGCAGCUUCCUGAGCGUCAUCCACCUCCUGGAGCACCACGCAGACGUCCAUGCCCGCAGCAAGGGAGGCUGGACCCCUGCCCACCUGGCCGCCCUGAAGGGCAACAUGGCUAUCCUCAAAGUGCUGGUCAAAGCUGGUGCCCAGAUGGACGUCCAGGCAGGGGAGGGCUGCACACCCCUGCAGCUGGCCCUCCGGAGCCAAAAGCAGAGUGUCGCCACCUUCCUGGAGGGCAAGGAGCCCUCGCUGGCCGUUGUGGGCAGUGCUGAGCCUGGAGACCAGACCGAAGUAUAGACACCUGGGCUCUCCUCUCCAUGAGGGCGAGGGGUUGGUGAAGUGCACUGGGCUUCUGGCAGGGCCCCUGCCCUGUACUUGCCACCUAGUCCCCUGCGUGAUGGAGGGACAGGAAGAGGCACACUGAGGUUGCAGCCAGGGAGGGGCCCUGGCUUGGAGAGGUCCUUCAACGCUUCCCCCAAGUGCGAGUACAACAGACCCAGCCUCCUCCUCCUCCUGUACCUGAACUCGAGCCCCCAAAGUGAAUUCCCUUCUCAUUCCCAAGACUCCUGCCACCGUUAGCCAGCUGCCCCUGGGCUCACAGGGCCCUUUGCAUCCCAGGAGCCCUCUCUGAGGACAAAGGCACAGAGGAGACAGAAGUGCUCCCCCAGCUCAGGUCUGUG